UCAUUUCUUCCUUGAUUACUUCCUCGGAGUUCCUCCCCCUCUUUCCAACUUUCUGGUAAUGUUUACGAACACUAGGGUUUAACCCAGAUUUAGAGCAACACCUACAGACUUCGAUUCUCUUUCUCUCACCUCUGACUAUCACCAUGAAUCUUCGUCUCAAACAAUUGCUAUCCAGGCGAACCCUAAACAAUCUCACCCGCAUCACAACCUCCUCGUACUCGUCAUCAUCACCCGCCAUUGUUGUUUCUCACAAUCACAUUCAAAAACUGCAGAAAACCCCACCAUUUCUACCCACGAAUCGAAGAACCUUCCACUCUUCCCCGAAACUCAAUCACUCUCUCUCCGCCACCGCUGCUGCCGCCACCGAUGACGAGGAAGAUGAGGAUGAGGCCGCCAUGAACGAGUUCCUGUCCCGAUUCGUGUAUAUUAUGCGAGGUAAUCUGAACGAGUCGUACCCAGAUUGUGAUAAGCCCACCAUUGAUGCUAUGUUGUUGGUGAUUGUGGAGAAGCUGGUGAAAGAGAUGGAAAAAGGGGGGAAUUUAGAGGAGAGGCUGGUUUCGGGGAAUGAUGAUUUAAGUGACGAUUUGUGGAAGACGGUGUGGGAAGUUAGUAGUAGCGUGUUUCAGGAGAUGGAAAGGGAGAAGAAGAAGGAGAAGAUGAAGAAGUUUCUGCAAUCGGAGGAGGUUAAAUCGAUGGCCAGGUUUGCGAGUGAGGUGGGUGUUCGUGGGGAUAUGCUGCACGAGUUGAGGUUUAAGUGGGCGCGCGAGGCGAUGGAGAAGGCUGAGUUUUAUGAGGGGUUGGAGCAGGCCGGGGAGGCGGCCAAGGAGGAGAAGGAAUUCGGUAAUGCCGAGGCAGUGGCUGAGGAAGAGGGGAAGGAUAGUUUUGUUGAAAAUGGUGGUGGUGGUGGCGGUGGUGGUUUGCCAAAGAGGCAUGGGAAGAUUAAAUAUAAGUUAUAUGGACUUGAUUUGUCAGGCUCAGUGUGGAAGGAUGUGGCUGAUAGGGUUCAUGAGGCAGAGGAGGUCAUUUCAACUCAAGAGGCUAAGCCAAUUACUGGGAAAUGUAGAUUAAUUACUGAGAGGAUUCUUGGUUUGGGGAAAUUCGACGAUUACGAGCCCAUGAUUUCUCCAUUGCUGGAGGAAUGGAAGGAGUUGCUGCAGCCUAGUAGGGUUGAUUGGAUCUCCUUAAUUGAGAAAAUCAAGGAACUGGAUUGCUCUUUGUACUUGAAGGUGGUGGAGCAUGUCUUUGAUGAUCCUUCCUUCCAAGCUAACAUUAGGGACUACUCAAAGCUUAUUGAUUUGUAUGCUAAACAGAAUCGGUUCGAGGAUAUUGAAAGGAUUCUUAAGAAGAUGAGUGGAAGUGGGAUGGCACCAGAUGCUAUAAUCUUAACAGGUUUACUCCAUAUGUAUAGCAAGGCGAACAACCUUGAGCAAGCACAUGCUGUUUUUGAAGCAUUGAAAAGUCAAGGAUAUAAACCGGAUUUGGAGGUUUACAACUCAAUGUUAAUGGUGUAUGCCAAUUCUGGUGAGGUCAAGUUGGGUGAAAAACUAAUGAUAGAAAUGGAGCUUAAAGAUAUUAAACGCACACAGGAUAAUUAUAUGGCCAUGCUGCGGGCAGUCGCCAAGAAGGGUGAUAGUACUGCAGCAGAUAGAAUUUUUGGCUAUAUGCAGUUUUCAGGGUACCCACUAACUGCAGAAUCUUACGCUUUGGUUAUUGAGGUGAGUAAUCUUGACAAUGCAAAAAACUAUUUUGAUGAGAUGAGGAACCUCGGAUUCAAGCCUGAUGAUAGGUGUACUUCAAGCUUGAUUUCUGCAUAUGCGAAGAAAAAUGAACUAGGUAAGGCAUUGCAUCUGUUGCUGCAGCUGGAAAAGGAUGGAUUUGAACCUGGAGUUUCUACUUACAGUGUUUUGGUAGAUUGGUUGGCCAAGUUGCAGUUGGUUGACGAGGCUGAGCAAAUGGUGAACAAAAUUUCUCAGCUGGGUGAGGCCCCUCCUCUUAAGAUUCAUGUAAGCCUUUGCGACAUGUAUGCUAGGGCUGGUAUUGAGAAAAAGGCACUUCAGGCCCUGGGGGUUCUGGAGGCCAAGAAGGACCUUUUGGUAUACCAAGAUUUUGAGAGAAUUACACAGGCACUUAUAAAAGGUGGUUUCGUGCAAGAUGCAGAAAGAAUAUACAAGCUCAUUGAAGCCCAGGGAUUUACCCCAUCAGAUUCUCUCAAAAUUAGUAUGACAGCGAGCAAAUCUUUUGGUGGAAGUAAAACUAGCAAGAAAUCAAGAAUAUCUUAGUUGUGGCACUUUAGGAAAAUGAUUAUGCAGCCCGCCAUGUCCACUGCUACUGCUGCUGGAAGAUUUGACCAAUUAAGAUAUGCCUUGGAUACUCUUUUUUGCCACAUUCUGCUUGUGAAAUUUCUGUGAUUGUAUGAGCUUAUGGAGUACCUCAAAUGUUGGUCCCAGACACAGUUGUUGGUACUUGCCUAUUACCUGCAGACAUGAAUUGUUUAGUUAGUUUUGGUAAAGUCUCAGUUUGUUGAUCUAUCCAAUUACCCGUAGUUUUUCUUGACAACUAUAUGGUUGAGAUUCAUACAUGUAUCCUCUUUUAAGAUCUGACUUAUUUGAGAGUGUGGCUAUAGAGUAGGAAUUUCAUUUCUUCAUCUGAUUUUUUACUGCAUGUUAAUGUCUUAGCACUUUUUCUUCAGCCUCAUAAUUUAUGUUUUUUUUCUAUUUCAAAGAUGUCAGAAUAUUUGAAUAAAAAUUCACUGGUUUGGCUCGUAUCAAUGUUAGCUUAGUCAGACAGGUAUUGUUAAGCGUACCUUGUUUUAUACUUUUAUGAAUGAAAGGAAAUUCUAUCAUGCUUUAUCACUAUCA